AUGGAGAGAUUCCUUGCGAAAAUGCCCAGCAAAGCUGAUAGGGAAGUACCAGACUUGAUCUGGUUCCGGGUCGACGCAGAACCCAAUGCCGAGAAACCAGACAAGCUCAAAUUGACCUUUUUCCAUUUCGACGAUCCUGCGAGUGAGUACGCAGAGUUUUGGGUGCAGGACAUGCUAGAUGCCUACCUCAACAACCAAGAGGAAUACGAGGACUUGCGCUAUACAGAAUUGCGGGUGCAACUCAAGGUCAAAUCCUGGCAUCUGUCUGACGAGUAUAGCUCUGAGUUGUACCAAGGUCUUCAGACGUUUCUGGAUGCGAACCUUUCAGGAUUACAAUCCAAAGUUACGAUUGAGGGCCAUAUCUGGCGCUAUCCUGUUGAUCACCCACUUGCACCUGGUCCUAGCUUCGUUUGUGGUACGGAUGAGCAGCGGCGUCGAGGCGACAAGGAGCUGCGUUUAGAUAACGCAGAUUAUUAUGCUUUUGUGUGCGUUGACCCUCUCAGUCUACCUAAGCAUAAAAUGGUCGAUUCCUUUGAGGAUGAUUGA